GCAUUCACUAUAUCUGGUCUCCCCGGACCCUGCAUUCACUAUAUCUGGUCUCCCCGGACCCUGCAUUCACUAUAUCUGGUCUCCCAGGACCCUGCAUUCACUAUAUCUGGUCUCCCAGGACCCUGCAUUCACUAUAUCUGGUCUCCCCAGACCCCGCAUUCACUAUAUCUGGUCUCCCCAGAUCCUGCAUUCACUAUAUCUGGUCUCCCCGGACCCCGCAUUCACUAUAUCUGGUCUCCCCAGAUCCUGCAUUCACUAUAUCUGGUCUCCCCGGACCCUGCAUUCACUAUAUCUGGUCUCCCCGGACCCUGCAUUCACUAUAUCUGGUCUCCCCGGACCCUGCAUUCACUAUAUCCGGUCUCCCCGGACCCUGCAUUCACUAUAUCUGGUCUCCCCGGACCCUGCAUUCACUAUAUCCGGUCUCCCUGGACCCUACAUUCACUAUAUCUGGUCUCCCUGGACCCUGCAUUCACUAUAUCUGAUCUCCCACAGCAUACAGAACAU